GAGGGUGGCCUUGCGUUUACAGUUUCUAAAAAGUGAACUUACCCGUGUUUGCUGCAGCAUCCUUGUCGCUAGCUGCUUCAUGACCCCUAACCCUCUGAGGAGGAGGAGGAGGAGGAGGUGGGCGUUUGGAAGCGCGGCGUCUGCAGCAUAAUUAAAACAUGGCGGACUCGGAGGAAUUUAGACUAAAACGAUUAAAGUUGGAUAUGAAAACUGCUGAGAACCGAGGGCCCACAGGCAGUCCAGCAAAGACCAGGAGCACACUCAACCCCGUAAUUCAUGAGGAGCACAUGUCCAGAGUGUUUGAUGAAGUGAUGGGUCUGGGGGAAUUUGCUGACUCCUCCUUGGGCUCUGCCACCUCUUCCAAGAGCGGCGGUCAUGACGACCCAAAGGAAGUGGACGAAACUUCAGGACAAGGAGAAGAACAGCAGCCGGCUGAAGAAGAGGACAGCAACAGCAGCAGACUGGAAGAAAAGAUGGAUGAAGGGGUGGGAGACUCUUCCUUUCCUCGCAUCGCUUCCUCUUCCUCUGAAAAGCCCUCCUCGUUCAACAUGGGAACCAACGAAGUAGGAGGGGGAGGAAGUGGAGGUGCAGCAUUCGAUGAUGCACUGGACGGCCUUCCUUCCUACGGGCAAGAAGAAGAAGAGGAAGACUGGCACUUCGCCCUGCCAAUGGGCACUUUGGAGGAUGUGGAUGUGAGCAAGGCCAACAGAAAACUAAGCCAACCGGGACAGGAGAACAGCGUAGUCCGAGGCGAUUCUUUUGCUCCUGAGCCCAGAGAGGAGGAGGAGGAGGAGGAGCAAGAGAGGGCGGGGAGCCGAGCAUCUGCCAACACAUCCCACUCCUCACAAGACCACACACCGGACAACAGCAGAGAUGAAGAAGUCCUGAACCAGACAGAGGAAACCGAAGACAGCCAACAGGGAGAGACAUCAGAGGCAGCUCCAAUGGAGGACAGUAAUCCCCCGACGUCUCCUACUGUUAAUAUUAAAGAUGAGCCUAUUGAUGAGGGCUACGAUGCUGCUUUACUGCCUCAGAGCUCCAUCAGACAGAUCAAAGAGGAGCUGGAGCAUCAGGAGGAAGAACUGAGGAUCAGCUCCGUCUACUCUGUAGGUGGAGGAAACACUUUUACAGCUCCUACUAUUCCUGCAGCAAUCCCAGCCCCAACUCCAACGGCCAUUUUCAUUCCCAGUAGAGGAGCUGUCAUACAAGCCAUGGCUUCCCUCCCUCUCAGACCACCAGCUCCAAUCCCAGCUUCAGUGUCGGCUCUGGCACCCAUACCUCCACGUCCACCACAGCCCCCCGUUCCUGGUAGCGUUCGCUGCAGCGGCUGCUCUAAGGUUCUGCUGAAAGGUCAAACAGCAUUCCAAAGAAAAGGCUCGACACAGCUCUUCUGUUCCACGGUCUGUCUGACGGGACAUUUGCCUCCAGCCAACAAGAGCCGAGCCUGUUUCCAGUGCAACAGGGACAUCCUUCAGCCCAGGGACAUGAUCACAAUUCCAGCAGACGACGGCAGCUUAAUGCACUUUUGUGGCCAGUUCUGCCUGUCUGUCUUUCGACAUAAGAAGAAGCAGGUCGACAAGGCUCCUGACAAAUUUAUCGACAAACGUUUGGAGAAAAAGCCUGAGAAGCCACCCGAGAAACCAGUGGAGCGCCAGCCAGAAAAACCCUUUUGUAGUGUCUGCAGAAUCACCAGCAGGCAGAUUGAGCACGAGGUCACCCAUCAAGGCCGCCUGCACAGACUCUGCAGCGACGCUUGUUUUGUAACGUGGCGCAAGAUGCGUCAGUUAGCUAUGAACUGCUGUGAAGGCUGCGGACUUUACUGUAACAGCAACUCAGGUUCCUGUCAGACACUCAUAAUUGACAGAUCUCAGCUCAACUUCUGUGGUCCGACCUGCAUCAGCACCUACAAACAGACCUGCAGAAAGACAGUCGAGUGUGCCUACUGUCACAUCAUUGCAAUAGUGUCCACCACUAUCAUGGAGCGAGACCAAAAAGGCAGAGUUCAGCUUUACUGUUCCCCUGCUUGUGUGGAGCAGAGUCGGCCACCCCAACAUAUUCUCACUGGUGCUCCAUUUCCAUGCAGCCUGUGCAAAGUUUCAGCCGUUCCACAGUAUCAUCUGGCCAUGGUGGACGGCACGAUACGUAACUUCUGCUCCUAUUCCUGCGUGUCUAUAUACAGGAAGUCUGGUCACACGUCUCAACCAGACCUGACCAACGGAACCUCCUCUCUCAGGGACUCCUCCGUCAGAGAGGCACCCAAAGCGGGGCCCUCUGCUGGAGCCAGCUCAGUCCCACCCAUCCCUCAGGACUACCCAUCUUCAGCCCCGUACCCAGGCCAUCAUCCUAGCCAUACCUCAGUGCCACCUCUAGUGACUCCCUACCGUCCCACGUUGUCCCCCUCUGUCCCUGGACAAGCCCAGGCCAAACCACCCCCCAGUCAGCCCCAGAAACCGGCUGAGAGUGGAGCAGCUGACAUCGCCAAACUGACCUGCCAUCAGUGCAGCAAACAGUUUAACGGCAAGCCACUGCUAUUCAGUCACCAAGGUCAUAUUUCUAUGUUCUGCAGUAAGACAUGCUGUGAGCAGUAUAAAGCCCAGAAAAACAUCCUUGCAUUGUGCGAGUACUGUAAACAAGCAAAGGUACUCUUUGAAACCAUCAGCUACAACCAGCAGGACGUGGUCUUCUGCAGUGAAAACUGUAAGCUGCUCUUCAAACAUGAUGUGACGUAUCGUAACAAGGAUCAUCCCUGGCAUCCCUGCACUUACUGCUCCGGCAUCAGCCAGAAGAUGCUGCACAGCCACUAUGGAGGGAAGAUGGAGGAGUUCUGCAGACCUCACUGCAUGUCCCAGUACACUGUACUCUACUAUGGGAUGGGUCGAUGUGACAGCUGCAGGAAGCAGGGCUACAUGACGGAGAAGCUGCAGUGUUUGGGUUCGGUCCGUAACUUCUGCAACCUGCCUUGUCUGCUGCAGUACUGCUACCUUCACUUUGAGACAAACCAACACACCAGCAGUAACGGUACCGGAACGGCCCCACAGACACCAUAUGCUCCAACCCAGCCUCACCACUCCUCAAAGAUGAAUCCUGUCAUAGCCGAUGUCGUCUCAUUGGCCAAUGGCUCUGCCACUCAGCCCAGUGGGUCGGCAGAUACUGCUCUGGCUGGAGCUCUUCCAACCUCCAAUGUAGAUGGAAAGCACCUCGACCACGCCAGUACUCAGACUGACGCCAUGCGUGUUCCUGCAUCCCGUCGGCGUCAGAUGAAGAACAAGUCAGUUCUGUGCCGACCCUUCACCAUGGACCAAGAAAUAAUGUGCCAGCUGCCCACGCCUUCCACCGAACCAGGAGCAGGAGAGGAGAAGGUGAAGGUGUUCAUGAUUCCAGUCCCAGUACCGGUCUUCAUUCCAGUGCCUAUGAACAUGUACUCCCAGCACACGCCAGUUCCCAUGGCUAUGCCCAUGCCUGUUCCUGUUCCCAUCGUAGUGCCGCCACCGAACAAAGAGAUGAAGGAUGCAGCUGUCAAAUCAGAGACUUUUGCUGUGAUCGAUGAAAAACAGACAGAUGAGUGUGUUUCCAGUGCAGACCAGAAGAGUUCUCACAGAGGAGACUUGAAGUCUGAAUUGGUCGUUCCCACAAUCUGUGAAGACGAGGCGACUGAAAAAGCAGUUCAAGCCGACCUCCCACUUCCUGCGACUUCAGACAGGUGCACAAAGUCAGCUGAUCCCCAGAUUACUACCCAGCCGGAGACGAGCAAAACAAGUGACCCUCCUACCACCAGUGCCGAAGAUCAACCGCCCUCCUCCCCAAUGAUGGACUUGGAGAGUGACUUCCCGUAUGAAUUGCUGAAUCAGAAGUCGUCGACUCGAAAGCGAGGAGUUAAAAGAUCCAGAGAGAGUUCCUCCAGCCGCAAACGGAGUCGAAGACGGACUGGAUCACUGGAACACGGUGCCGUGGCGACUGCAGCCGCCUCCAAACUGAACCACCUGUAUGGAGUUAAAGCCUGGAGGAGCUGGGUCCAACAACGCAGCCUGCAGCCACCAGAACCCGGUCUGGUGGACGUUAAAGAAGACAUCCUUCAGUGCGACUCUGCUGAGCUCAACUUUGCUCUGUCUCGCUUUGUCAAAGAAGUGCGACGGCCGAACGGAGAGACCUACAGUCCAGACAGCGUCUUCUACCUGUGUCUGGGGAUACAACAGUACCUGUUCAUCAAGGGCCGGAUAGAGAACAUCUUUACUGACGAGCUCUACUGGCAGUUUGCCUCCGAGAUCACUGAGAUGCUUCGACUCUGGAAACCUCAGUUACUACCAAACGGUCGAGCGGUUUCCUCCCGUGUCGAGGCGUCCUACCUGUGGGAGUGUAAGCAGCUGGGCGCGUACUCCCCCAUAGUGCUGCUCAACACGCUGCUCUUCUUCUUCACUAAAAGCUUCCACUUCACCACCCUGGAGCAACACCGGUGCCUGUCUUUUUCAAAUUUAUCUCGGCACACCAAACCCUGCAGUCGAGCCGGCGAAGUCCUCUACCUCCAGUUCCAGAGAAGCAGCACUGCCCCGCCCAGCCAGGAAGACACAGAACAAGUCAGAAAAGGGCAGGCAGAGGACGAGAGAAACCUGGAGAUGAUGGAAAAUGUCACCAACCCUCUACAAUGUCCAGUCCGACUCUAUGACUUCUACCUCUCUAGAUGCCCAGAGUCUGUGAAGAGAACGGCCAAUUUUUUUUACCUCCAGCCUGAACAGAAUGUCAACACACACAGUUCCCACUGGUUCACUUCUCAGCCGUUGGACAGCUCCACGCUACAGAGCAUGCUCACUCGAAUCUUGGCUGUCAGAGAGGUUCAGCAGCAGGAAGCAGCCCAGCUUCAGUCUUCAGCCGCCGCCAAGGAUAUCGGCCUACAGUGAUACUGAGCGGUGACCAUCCAACAGUUCACAGUGAAUGAAACUGUAUGUACACUCAUCAGUCAUUUCAGACUGAGGCCCACAGGUUUAUGAAACACAAACAGAAACACAAAAACAGAGCGUGAGAUCAUUGUGUUUUGUUACCUCAUCUUCUCGUCACAAAAAUGCACAAUGAGUUUAAGAACAUCUGAUAAUGUUAGACAGGAAAAAGGGAGCGUAAACAAGUAUAUUGUGAGCCCAGUUUUGUUAAUUUACUAGUAGAACGGUUACAGUGGGUAUGGAAAGUAUUCAGACCCCUUUAAAUUUUUCACUCUUUGUUUCAUUGCAGCCAUUUGCUAAAAUCAAAAAAGUUCAUUUUAUUUCUCAUUAAUGUACACUCAGCACCCUAUCUUGACAGAAAAAACAAAUGUAGAAAUUUUUGCAAAUUUAUUAAAAAAGAAAAACUGAAAUAUCACACGGUCAUAAGUAUUCAGAGCCUUUGCUCAGUAUUGAGUAGAAGCACCCUUUUGAGCUAGUACAGCCAUGAGUCUUCUUGGGAAUGAUGCAACAAGUUUUUCACACCUGGAUUUGGGGAUCCUCUGCCAUUCUUCCUUGCAGAUCCUCUCCAGUUCUGUCAGGUUGGAUGGUGAACGUUGGUGGACAGCCAUUUUCAGAUCUCUCCAGAGAUGCUCAAUUGGGUUUAGGUCAGGGCUCUGGCUGGGCCAGUCAAGAAUGGUCACAGAGUUGUUCCGAAGCCACUCCUUUGUUAUUUUAGCUGUGUGCUUAGGGUCAUUGUCUUGUUGGAAGGUGAACCUUCGGCCCAGUCUGAGGUCCAGAGCACUCUGGAAGAGGUUUUCUUCCAGGAUAUCUCUGUACUUGACCGCAUUCAUCUUUCCUUCAAUUGCAACCAGUCGUUCUGUCCCUGCAGCUGAAAAACACCCCCAUAGCAUGAUGCUGCCACCACCAUGUUUCACUGUUGGGAUGGUAUUGGGCAGGUGAUGAGCAGUGCCUGGUUUUCUCCACACAUACUGCUUAGAAUUAACGCCAAAAAGUUCAAUCUUGGUCUCAUCAGACCAGAGAAUCUUAUUUCUCAUAGUCUGGGAGUCCUUCAUGUGUUUUUUGGCAAACUCUAUGUGGGCUUUCAUAUGUCUUGCACUGAGGAGAGGCUUCCGUCGGGCCACUCUGCCAUAAAGGCCCGACUGGUGGAGGGCUGCAGUGAUAGUUGACUUUGUGGAACUUUCUCCCAUCUCCCUGCUGCAUCUCUGGAGCUCAGCCACGGUGAUCUUUGGGUUCUUCUUUACCUCUCUCACCAAGGCUCUUCUCCCACGAUUGCUCAGUUAGGCUGGACGGCCAGGUCUAGGAAGAGUUCUGGUCGUCCCAAACUUCUUCCAUUUAAGGAUUAUGGAGGCCACUGUGCUCUUAGGAACCUUGAGUGCUGCAGAAAUUCUUUUGUAACCUUGGCCAGAUCUGUGCCUUGCCACAAUUCUGUCUCUGAGCUCCUUGGGCAGUUCCUUCGACCUCAUGAUUCUCAUUUGCUCUGACAUGCACUGUGAGCUGUAAGGUCUUAUAUAGACAGGUGUGUGCCUUUCCUAAUCAAAUCCAAUCAGUUUAAUUAAACACAGCUGGACUCCAAUGAAGAAGUAGAACCAUCUCAAGGAGGAUCAGAAGAAAUGGACCACAGGUGAGUUAAAUAUGAGUGUCACAGUAAAGGGUCUGAAUACUUAUGACCGUGUGAUAUUUCAGUUUUUCUUUCUUAAUAAAUUUGCAAAAAUUUCUACAUUUCUGUUUUUUCUGUCAAGAUAGGGUGCUGAGUGUACAUUAAUGAGAAAUAAAAUGAACUUUUUUGAUUUUAGCAAAUGGCUGCAAUGAAACAAAGAGUGAAAAAUGUAAAGGGGUCUGAAUACUUUCCGUACCCACUGUAUGUCGAGCCGGUCAGGUGGGCUUUUUAUUUCCGAUAGACUCCCACCAUGUGAGGCUGGUUUAAGCAGCAACCUGUCUGUUGUGUAGGACUAGAUGUUGAUAUCCCUUCUUGCAUAGAUGAGACACCUAAGACUCUGUGGGAUGUUCAGGUGAGUGAGGGCAUCCUCUGGGUUAUUGAGUGGGCGCCCUCCUUUGUUGGUGUUUCGCUGAUCGGUCCACGACACCUCCAGAGGGUUCAGCAGUGAAUCCCAGCGUCCCAGGUUCACCCCCAGAUGCCAUCUAUACCUGAAGGCCCAGAUGGAGUCCUUUCUCUUCAUCCACAGCCACUGACUUCCCUUUUCAGCAGCUCUGGAGAGGUCCUUCAUCACCCGCCGGUGGACCUUCCCACGUACUCCCAUCUCCCAGAGAAGCCUGGAUGUCGAGGUGGCAACGAUUCCUCUGCAGCCUACUUCGAUUAGUCAGACCCUCACCUUCCAGUCUCUCUGUUUUGCAUCGGCAGCAAGCUCCAUAUCCCUCAGCUUCUUGCAGUCAUAGGCCUCCUCUACUGAGCUCCCAAAGGGCACUGUGAGCUCCAUGAUGUAGACCAUAGCACCAGGUCUGGUCACAGGUUGGUGGAGAAGGAAAAGUUACAUCCGUCUGACAAAGUCUGAUGUUUUUAUCAUGGAGUCUAAAUGUGUUGUUUUGUUACUGCCGCCCCUCUUUGCUUCUCCACUUUCUGUGGAGAGUAUCGACUUGUAUGAAUUUUAAUAUUUCUGCUGCUUCCAUGUUGUUCACCAAAACCUAAGAGAAUUUUGAGGACAUUUUGAGCAAAUGUGAUUCAGUAUUUGUGUUGUGGUCACACAAAUCUGCAGAAAAGCUGGUUAAAAUGUCACUUAGAGAAACUUGAGAAGUUCUAUUACAUAUAAUUAAAUAUAGAAUUUCCAGAAUGCAUCAUACAUGUUGUAUGUAGGCGACACCGACUGGGUGACAUUUGGUUAAAAAACAACUUUAAUAUAUAUCAGUGUAACCUUUCUUGCAAUGAUAAAGAAAAUUCAGUGCCUCUCGCCUGUUGUUUUACUUUAACUGGUUCUCAAUUUUUUUUUCCCCCUUUAAAUUGUUGAUCGUGUGUGGCCUUUUUCCUUUUUCUUCUCCCCUCUUGUUCAUGUAGAUCCAUCAAGGUUUGGCCUCCUCCAUACAGUUCUCUUACUGAAAGAGUCACUCACUACCAGCAUAGAAUCUGCUCUCACACCUUUACUGGUUUUAGAAUCAUCAGAAAAACAGAGUUACUGUUUUUAUUCCAGUCAUAAUGUAACCUCUGGUCCCCAUGAGUAUCCCAGUGUCUCUAAACCUAACGGUGCCAUUAUCUUUUCUUUUGGGACGUUAUCCUAACUUUUCAUUUGUUUGUAGUUUGGAGAUCUUGGAUGAGCAGCAGACAAUUCAAAAGUACUAGAGAAACACUUCUAACACUUGAGGUUUCCUGUCUGAUAAGUAACGCUGUGUUUGGUUAACGGUUCAUUUCUGUUUUCUGUCGUGUUUCUGAACUGCUUUUUGAGUCCCGGUGACUCAAACCAUCCGAACCUGAAGCCUAACUGUGACGCUGCUUCACACAGAGAGGCUACACCUCAUAACACAUCUGCAUAUGCUGAACAUUAAUGCCUUUAUAGUGUAAUAUGUUGGUUAUUGUCAUUCUAGAUUAUAUUUUUUGAAAGGAGGAGCUGCUGACGGAACAGAAGCAAACCUAAAACUCUGGCUAAAGGGUCUAUGUGGAGAUUUAAUGAAAACGUGACUUUUGUUCUUUGUCGUUGUGGAAGUCAGGGAGCAGGUUCUUUUGUUGAAUUCGUUGUUGUUUUCAUCUAUUUUGCUGUUUAUGUUGUGACACAGAGGCCACAGUGUCUUGUGGAAACCAGUUACAGACUCUACAGAUGAGACCUGCCCUGCUGUAACGAUUAAAAUGAUCCAGGGUUCAUGUUGGUGACGUUCUUUAGACAGCAUGCUGCCGUCAUCGCUGCUGGUGGAAAUGAAAUCUUACUGCCUCAAUAUUAUCCCUGCUGUCUAAAACUUGACGGUUGUUCAGUAAGAAUAGGCCCAAAGGCAGAGUGAUGUUUUAUGUCAUUCACAAGAUGCUGUAUCACCAUUAAGUGUUUAAAAAAGAAAAUCCAUUCUUUGGUUUUCACACAAAGGAUAACGAGAGCAUAAUGGAGAUGAAAUGUGAUGCUGAGAGUGUAAGUACAGUUUUGAAACAUCAAUUCAUUAAAAAAAAUGCAUAAAAUGUUUUUAAAAA